GUGCAGAGGGAGCGAGAGGCAGCAGGAACAGGAAAAAGCCGAGAAGUAAAGGACACGUUGGAAAUAAAAGGAUUGGAAGGGUCAGGUGGGGGCAAACAUGCUGACACGUCUGUGAAAGAGCAGCAGGUGGAUCAGACAGCAACCUGGACCAUGGAGAGGGAUCUUGUGCAAGGCCAUCGAACAUAAGGAGAGAAUUUUCACUUUGUCAAGCAGAGCCUCUGCACUGGGACCAACAGGAUGGGAUUUGUAUUCAUGCUGAAUUUUGCUGUGAUGCUUUAAGUGAGUCAUCACCUGAGGAGGCAGUUUUCUGCAGAAGACAGAGGACAAAAAGGAAAACAUAGCAGUUUGGCUCUUCUGGCCUGUGUCUUUAUAGAAGGACUGUGCUUUCCCAAAGACUAACAUUUAAACUGAGUGACUGAAUUAAGCUUUCAAGUAUUUUAGGAGCUCAAUUUGACAUCUUUGCACAUUUGUCUUACAACUCCUAACUGGUUUUGCAGGCUACACAUAGGUUAAUUUAACUAAACACACUCUGCUGUUGCAAAUAUUUCCUGCUGAUCGACUCAAAAGAGAGAGGAGCAUUUUUUUCGCAAUUGUUUUGGAAGAGUUUUGGGUUUUUUUCCUUCCCUUGAUUGAGUCUUUAUCGAACCAGAGAGAUAACCAGCAUUCUUCUGCCUGAAGGGUCCAGCAUUCCUGGUGAUCUACAGUACAGGAAGGGUCACGUGUGCACAUUGUCAGAAACAGACACACACUCUGCUGGUACUGUACCUCCACCAUGCAGACAUCAGGACCUGAACUUGAUGACUGCUUCGAUUUCCUGUUUAAAAUCAUCCUGAUCGGAGACUCCAAUGUGGGAAAGACCUGCGUGGUUCAGAAUUUCAAGUCAGGGAUCUUCUCUGAGAAGCAGCAGAACACCAUCGGGGUGGAUUUCACCGUGAGGACUGUGGACAUCGAGGGGAAGAAAGUGAAGAUGCAGGUGUGGGACACGGCCGGCCAGGAGAGGUUUCGCACCAUCACCCAGAGUUACUACCGCAGUGCUCACGGCGCCAUGAUUGCGUACGACGUGACGCGGAGCUCGACCUUUGACUCGGUCACCCACUGGAUCAAGGAGGUGGAGCUGUAUGGUGCCGCCAAUGUAGUUCUGGUUCUCAUAGGUAACAAAUGUGACCUUGAGGACGAACGGCAGGUUCAGUUUGAGGCAGCCUGCAAUCUGGCAAAGGAGAAAGGCAUUCUCGUCGCUCUAGAAACAUCUGCAAAGGAGAGUCAGAAUGUGGAAGAGGCUUUCGUGAUGAUGGCCAAAGAGCUGCUCCUUCGGAACGGCCAUGGCGUUCAAAGUGGAGGCUUCGAGAGCUACACCACGCCCCGGAUGCUCCUCCGAUCCAACUCCCGACCCGUCAAUGGCUCCAUUCCUUCCUACACAGCACCAGAGAAGAAGUCCUGCUGCUGAACUGCAUGACGAUCGGAUGAGAAAGACAGCGAUGGACUCUUUUAAUCAUGAACUUUCAAAAAGAAUAAUGGAUUAUUUAGAGAGAGAAAAAAAAGAAUGUGGAUGAAGAGCGUGGCUUGCAGAGACAAGAAGAAGCUGAAAAUGUUGAAAAGUAUUGAAUUGUUAAGUCAGUGCAGUUUUAUCUGACAUACAGCAGCAUUAUCGAUGUCAUGUUUUUGAUGUCAGCUGUAGCUGGACUGCUUUUGUCGACUUGACAUUUAUCAACGUGGCAACGUCACGCUUUCUGGUUUUGAAGUUUGCACUAAGAAAAGUCAUCCAAACUGAAAUAAGAUGUUAUUUCUUACCACGACAAUUACAAUGCAGCUAUACAAGUUUGCCCUACUGCUGCAUAUUUAGUCAAAAUCCUGUUAACAUUCUUUAUUCUUCUGACAUAUGCUUUUAUAAAAAUCAAAGAGAAGACUCUGAGUAUUUCACUCAAGUGAGCGCUUGUGGUGCUACUGUGACGAGUUCUGGAUGAUAAUAUCUCCCAAAACCUGCUGAAAGCCAAAACACUGUGAAUUUAACAUGUUUGCUUGAACGUUUUCUCCUGUCGAUGACAUGUGAAACGAUAUCUCACUGUAAUUAUAAAUGGUUAUGAGGAUGUUUCUUUCUGUUUC